AACCAAGAACGAUAUUGUUAUGAACAGUGUCAAGGAUCUUUUCCAGGUUGAACAUUUUGAGGAUUUAGUUCUCAUGUCUCAGGAGGUUCGAGGCAAGCUUCAGGAGCUGGGUUGUUUUUCAAAAGUUGGAAUUCACAUUGAUACAAGUCAGACCGGGGUUAAGGAUUAUGUUGUUACAUUCAACGUUGAGGAGAAUAAGAGGAUUGUGGGUAGUGUGAACACACUGGUCGGAAAUAACGAGGGUAGUCUCAUGACUGGUGUUAAACUUCUAAAUGUUCUGGGUAGAGGAGAGAAACUACAGGCUGAUUACACCUACGGAACUAAGAAAUCCAGCAGCUUUAAUAUCUCUUUUCUUAAACCAUUCUUUGGUGCCUUUAAGUCAAAUGUUACAGGAAACAUUUACCAAGCCGUAGGAGAGCAUCCAGGUUCAGGAUAUAAAGAGCUGGACAGAGGGUUUCUAGCAGACCUUUCCUUCCUUUCUGCACCACAGGUAGAUGUGUACAGGUUGACCCAAGAAUUCGCUGGACUUGGUGGAAAUAUUGGAUUUUUCAAGAAUGAACUCGAAGUCCAGGCGAAUAUUCCUCUGGGUGAGGAUAUAUCUAUCCAAGGGUGUUUAAACGCUGGUAUCCUUAAACCCACUCAAGGAGAUAAAACUUUAACCAUUAGUGACAACUUCUUCUUGGGAGGUCCUCUCAAUGUUCGGGGCUUUGAUCUCAGGGGAAUUGGACCUCAUUCUGAUGGAAAUGCUCUUGGAGGUACUUUGUUUUGGGCGACUGGACUUCAUUUAUACGGUCCUUUACCUUUCAGACCAGGACGUGGAGGCUUCGGAGACCUGUUUAAAACUCAUAUGUUCAUGACCGCUGGAAAUGUUGGCAGUUUUUGGUUACCUGGAAACAUGCUCCUUCCUUUCUGCACCACAGGUCUUGGAUUAGCAGUUAAACUUGGUGGUAUUGCUAGAAUAGAACUUAACUAUUGUAUUCCAAUUAAGGCUUCUCGAGGUGACAAGGUGACCCCUGGGCUUCAGUUUGGAGUUGGGGUCAACUUUUUGUAGAUAAAUAUUGAUUCUAGUCCCUUUAGUCAACAUUUCCUUCUUGUCUACCUGGGCUUUAUAUAUCCAGGGUUACUCUUGUCUCUUAGAAAUUUGUAAAAUAAUUCCAAUUUGGAGGGAAACCCUGCCUAUUAAGAGGAAAACUGCCUAUUUUAAAGGAAUUUCUACCAAUUUUGAGGGAAAGCUACCAAUUUUGAGGGAAAGCUACCAAUUUUGAGGGAAAGCUACCAAUUUUGAGGGUAAACUACCAAUUUUGAGGGUAAACUACCAAUUUUGAGGGAAAACAACCAAUUUUGAGGGAAACUACCAAUUUUGAGGGCAAACUACCAAUUUUGAGGGAAACUGCCAUGUGAAGGACACCAGCCAAAAUCGGUCAAUUUAGAGGAAUACUUGGGCCUUUUGGGAGGAAAAAUCUACCAAUUUCUUCCUAAUCUUCCUAAUCAAACGCAUUAAGGAACCUUGGGUUUAUUACAACUGAGGAUGACAACAGGAGCUAACUAACAGGGAAUAAACUCUAGUUCAUAAAUGUAGAUCUCUUCAGAUAGUUUUUUUAGAAACACUGCACACUCAUUGUACAGUGUUAAAGGGGCUGUACGCGUAUUAUCAAGUGACCCUUCAUGCAGAGAUGUAAUGCCAUAUUCAUACCCUUGAAACCUUUAUCUAAUAUUUUAGUUUAUUUGGGAAUUAAAGUUUUUCAAAAUUAUCGAACAAUUCAUACUUUAUGAGAAAAGGCUUUUAAAUGCACUGUUGCGAAUCGGGCAUUGUCAUCUUUGUUCACUUGAAUUCACUUGAAUUCACUUGAAAUUACACUUACUGUCCCUUUAAACCUACAUUGUACUGUGUACAGUGUACAUGGAUAGUACGUGAAACAGCAUGCAGUUACACAAAUCUGUAAAACAUAGUUUCAAACAGCUUCAUAUACAUACGUAACAACUUAUUGGAGUUAGACAACGUAAAAACAGCGUUGACAGCCGCUCCGAAAGUUAAAAUCAACGUUUUCAACUGCUGCGAGGAUAUGCUGUCAACCAUUUUUAAAAAUUUUCUUUGAUUUAUUUUAUGAGCUGUGUUAAAUAAGCUAUGAAGCUAUUUGUAGGUAUAUAGCCUAAACAUAAACUUUUUACUGUAGUAUUUUUUAAAUAAAAUUUAUCAAGUUA